UGCAUCGAACGAGCCAUCAUGAACAAAUCGCCUAAAUUACCAGUACUAUGCGAUGAAUCCUGCAACAUCUCGACGUAUUCGCGAGAUCCUCGAAUUCACGCGGGAUCUUUAGGACUGUAGUGCAAGAUUGUUCAAAAUAGUUGAAAAUAAUGUUCGGAUAUUCGAAGUGAUUCAAUGUACAAUGUAGGAUAGUGCGAGGUAAUCAGAAAUGGUCCGAUGUAAUCCAAACUACAACCGGAUGUAUCUCGAGAUCCACAAUAAUAUGUACGUUAAAUUCUCGCAACCUCUCGGAUUCAGAACGGCUCGGCGACUAGCUAGCUGGAUAGAUAAGUUCUCUCACGUGCCACGUUACACGGCCAGUCCGAUGUAUCGAUCCAAUGAAUGUACAAAAAUUCCGCGAAGUGCUAAGGAAACGUCAAACGUAUCGCGAAGUACGGCCGAAUCAUAAAGAAAAGCGAUGGUUAGACAAUGAUGCCAUACGAUACUUCAAGUUAAAAUGUCGCCAAACGAUGGUGAGCAAGCUCUGGUGCCGAGAGAUCGGUCGCAGGUGGCGUCAACGGCAACAAGAGUCGCCACAUGCUCGCCUGUUAACGGAGCCCAAAUGCCAGUCGCAUGUGGCGACCUGGUACCUGUUCUACCGCUGGAUCGUGCUUCUCUUAUGGACCGCCAUCGUGGUGUGCUCGCUAUGUGAGUUCGGUAGCUACGAGCUGUUGCACAUCUACGACAAGUGGCCAAUCUAUCUUACAAACUGGGACAUUGCGUUGGGCUUCGCUCAGGCCCUAAUCGGCGGUGUUCUCGUGUCAAAACGCUGGCGGCUGCAGCGUAUAUCGAGCUUCGACCCGUGCAAUCUUCGGCUCGAAUCCACGGAGCGGCUCUAUUGGUUCCUGUACGUUGUCGCCACCAACAUCGCGAUCGGCGUGACCGUGUGCUACUGGUCGAUAGUGUACGACCCGAAAAUCCACCACCUAGACCCGCUCAACAUUAUGCUGCACGUGUGCAACAGCGUGUUGAUACUGAUCGAUUUGUUCGUCACCAGCAUACCAUUCCGCCUGCGUAACUUCUGGUGGUGUCUGUCGUUCGUGAUGUUCUACCUGGUGUUUUCGGUGAUCUAUUACGCCGCCGGUGGUCUAAACAAGCAAGGCUAUCAUUACAUCUACAAGAUCUUGGACUGGAAGAAACCGAUGCGUACUGUACUCGUAUGCGCCGGCGGUCUCACCUUCGUCACCGUGUUGCAUUGCGUCACGUGCAUGUUGGCGAACAUCCGCGAUCGUCUUUACCGCGGGAUCAUCGGGAAACUGAACAGCAGAUCUAUGCGAAUCACGACACCGGGGGAAACACUGCAACUGCCGACAGGAUCGCGGAAGCCGGAAAUGGUCUGAGUGGAGCGCGAUCUGUUCGAAGGUUGUCGGUUCAACCGAAUUUCGGACGGCUUCGGGAAAAUCCUGAGUACCUAUUAUGGAACUCGUCGGAAUCGAUUCCGAUCGGAAUAAUUCCGUUUCCCCUAGAAAAGACAAUAGGAAUCUAGGAGUCUAGGAAAUAACGGAAUAAUCCCGUUUCCUCUAGAAAAGACAAUAGAAAUCUAGGAAAUAACGGAAUAAAUUCGAUCGGAAUCGAUUCCGAUCGGAAUAAUUCCGUUUCCCCUAGAAAAGACAAUAGAAGUCUAGGAAAUAACGGAAUAAAUUCGAUCAAAAUCGAUUCCAACGAGUUUCAUAAUAGGUACCCAGAAAGUUCCGCCUUCUCACUUGCGUGUGCGUUGCGGUGCGUGACGGUGGGUAUCGAGGCAGUUAGAUGUGAUGCGACGAAGUGACGCGACGCGUGCGUCUCAACUGCUCCCCGACGUUAUUCCACAAGUAAAACCCACUCGUUUACGAACGGCCGCAAUUUAGAAAUCCUAGAAAUGAUUCAACGCAUCAAUAUGAUAUCUCAGUACCAGUAUGUUGUGUCGUGAACGACACAGACGAGUAAUUCGCGCGAGGUUCGUGCUCACUGUGUGAGCUGUGUGUCUCUUCGAUGGUUCGUCUCUAACGAGACGAAAACUCAGAUGCGUGAAUGUUGCUCUGCUGAUCUAAUUCCGAUGUGUAAUGUCUGAUCUCUCAGUCUGCAACUGUCGUGUGUGUUCUCGACAGCGGAACGUCGCUUGUAAUCAAUCAACCGUAUGCGAUGUGUAUCAUAGAAAUAUCGUAGAAGACGGAACACAGAACAACGCGCAACGGAAAGUGAUAACCCUGCAAACGCGCGGAUUUUGUCGCUCGUUGUGUGUGUUGAAAAUGACGAGUUUGUGCGUGCGCGCAUGCGUGCGUGCGUGCGUGCGUGCAUGCGUGUACGUAAACUGUGUUGAUAAACUUUGUUUUAAUUGAAAAACCAAGUUUACAUGAAUUUCAGUUAAAAUGGAAUUUAAUUGCUACAUAUGAUACGAAAAGUCUCCUUCCUCCGAUCGAUUGCUAUCGAUAAAAGAUAAAAACGCGUUAAUUAUGCAAGCAUUACGCGCGAUCGGAUGAUAUGAAUGUUUGCAGGUCCCUACUAGCUGUGACGUUAUUCUCUCUUAUCACAGAUAUAUAUAACGCAUGAUUAACAUACAUUACUACGGAAAAUGCGUCUGCACAUUCACUUGGCCGAUACGAAUCAAGAUUGACCUUAUCGUUAAAUAUGCUAAAAAUAGAUCAAUCAUUCGAUGACCCAUUAUAUCUCCGAAAUUCGACUGUUGACACAUUCAUGUACCAUUGUAUUCAUAUCAAACGAAAGAGAUAGGAUAGACGCAGUGUACUAUCUUGAGGCGAAGUAAUUUUAGGUGAGAGAAUAAACGCGAGAAUACAGCUGCUGAGAAGACACGCCAUGCGAAAUUAAAAUGUACGCGUGCGUGUGAUGUAGACAGAUUCCUACGGCAAUCAUUUUAGCGUAUCGCGAUUCUGAUCGCAAAAUUCCUAGCUGCUCACGCUUAUGAAUCGACACGUAUAUUAUAGUGUUUAACGUCCGUCGCAUAGUUUUGUCAUGCGAGAGUUCCUACGUAGGUAAUUUUUUUCUAGCUCACGGAUAGCUAUCUAUAUACGCUAGUGAUUAAUUUAUCGAAAUCGAGUGAUAUACGCGUGCUAAUAAUGUACUUUUAGCGCGUGGUAUCAUUGAUUUGUGCGUGCGUGCGUGUGUGUGUAUGUGUGUGUAUACACGUGCGCACAUUAGAAUGUAAAAAUAUUUCAACAUGUCCUUGACACAUAUCCGGUUUUUAUACAUUCCAUUUGGCCUUUUUCUUUUUUUCUUACGAUGAUUGUAAUAUUUAUUACCACUAAGUAAUUUUUUGUGCAUGAUAAUUAACCACUGCUAUUUCCAAAAAAUUGUCCAAAGAUCUCGUCUAGCGUGAUGCGAUAUCAUUGAAUGAUAUUUAAGAUUCCUAGUC